AAAAAAUCCAUACUCGGCGGACCCUGGCACUAAAGCUACUAAGGUAUCCACUAUAACUUACUAUCCACUUUCAAUUCUGCAAGUCGCAACAAACGCAACAAGCUUCGUUCCUUUUCCAACUCCAAAAUUUUAUUGUACACAAAAGCGACUGGACUAACUUGGUGAUCACUCCAAACACAUCAGGGUCCUUUUUCGUGUCGCGAUUGUCCAAUACACUCGCAAACAUCCAUACACUCUAUCCAUAUUGUCACAUAUCGCGCGAGAAGAAUCCCUACUCGAGUGACUCCCCACCGUCACUGGUCCUUGCCCCGCCACCAUCAAUUCUCUUCUUCGCCCAUUUCAAUACCUACCAGUUUUAUUAUCUACACAUUCAAAGCUCGCUUACUCUACUUUGAAUCCACCGAGAAUUAUUGCCAAUACUGAAUUAUUUCUUUCAGUAUCAGAUUUCUUCUGAUAGACUUUCUAAACACCCUCGCCUCCCACCCUCGACCUUUUCCUCAGGCGCAAACGCAGGCAUGGUUGACCAAAAUAAUAAGCCCACCGAGGGCGUCGAGGCUGCGGUCGAAGCCCCCGAGGGAGUUAACAAUGAAUCUCUAAUUACCAACGAUACGCCCGAGGUCCAACAGGCUGCCGAUGCCAAGGCCGAGGAACAUAGCGAGAAGGACAUUGUCCAGGACGGCGCUGGGGAUGUUAACCAAGACACUGCCCAAGUCCAAGUCAAUGACGGAGAGACCACUGAUGCGCCCGAAACCAUCAAAGAUGGUGUCGAGGAGAAAUCUGAGAAGGUCACUCAAGAGCCUUCCUCUACCAAAGAUACUCCCAAAGAAAUGUUGAAAGUCACCAAGAUGGGCAGCAGGCAGAGAUCAGAUGCCUCUGUUCUUCCAGAUUCGGAUGAUCCCAAGGCCAUUCGUAAACAGGUGGAAUUUUACUUCAGCGACAGCAAUCUGCCCACUGAUAAGUUUCUGUGGGAGAAGACGGAUGGCGAGAACAACAAGCCCGUGUUACUCUCCUUACUGUGCAGCUUCUCUCGAAUGCGUCGAUUCAAACCUUACUCGGCCGUGGUUGAGGCCCUCAAGGCUAGCAAACACCUCGUAGUAGAAGGCUCGGAAGGUGAAGAAACAGUCCGUCGAAAGCAACCUUACAUCGAAGCGGAUGAUAAGCAGCGCGAGGUCGAUGAGCGCAGCACCUAUGUUAAGGGAUUUGGUGAAGAGCAAUCGUCUACACAAUUUGACGUUGAGGCAUUCUUCACUCAAUUUGGAGAAUUUAAGUCAAUUCGUCUUCGACGUACCUCCCCUGCUGAAAAAAGCAUCUUCAAAGGCUCCGUAUUCGUUGAGUGGGCCGACAAGGAGACCGCUGACAAAUUCCUGGCGUUGGAACCUAAGCCCCUUUGGAAGGAACAUCCAAUGAAGUUUCUCUCCAAGGUUGAAUACAAGAAGUUGAAGGCCCAGGAAAUUCGUGAUGGCAAGGUGCAGAUGAAAGGUGGAAACCAAUUCGGAAAUCGUGGUCAGCGCGGUGGCAGAUUUGGACGAGGAGGCCCCCGCCAGUCUCGAGGCAAUCAUCGAAACUCAGAUUCCAAUGAUUGGAAGAAGCGUCGCGAUGACGAUCAACGAAAUGGAAACAACGACCGUGGAGGCCGCCGUGACCGUGGUGGCCGAAGCCGUGGCCGAGGUCGAGGCAACGGCCGUGGACGUGGCAGAGAUCGUGGCCCGAAUGAGAAUGGUCGCGCAACGGAAGACCAGGCCAUUUCUCGUGAAAAUGAACGACCUACGAUUCAUACGAGUAAGGAGGGAGAAAAGAUCAUGAAAGAAUCCAAUGGAAAGCGUGCUCGGGAGGACGAUGCUGCCACAAGUGUCCCACCAGCGAAGAAGGUAGAUGUCAAAGAGGCUUGAGGCAACCCCCCAUGAACGGCCACAGAUUACUGAUUAUUUAAAAUGCACGAAUGAUGCAUCUUGUUUACAUUACAUCACUUCGUCUCAACAGUUGCUCCACAUACACCCAUAUACACACUUCCAGGACGAAUACGGCAGUGGUUCGGUAUAGCUCGGAUGAGGCGUUUCACGGCAUUUCUUUUACAACUACAUACAUUAGGCAGAUUCAUCAACAAUGAUAGUUGCUAGGUACUUUACUAAAUCUAAAUCAACGACUGCAAAUAGAUUUUGAAU